AUGAGGAUUCUCAUCAAGACUUACACACAGGAUAUUGGUGGUGAUGACAUUGUAUUAACUCAGAACUACCAACAUAUUCUGGCCUUGCAAUUUGCAGUAGAAACGAUUAAUGAAAAUCCAAGGAUCUUACCUAAUGUCACUUUGGGGUUCCAUAUUUUGAACAGCAAUUUCCGGGCAAGGUGGACUUAUCGUGCCUCAGUGGAACUGAUCUCUACACGGGGCAAAUUCAUCCCUAAUUAUAAGUGUGAUGUCCAGGCUAAUGUAGCCACUGUUAUUGGUGGCCCUAAUGCUAAUGUGUGCCUGUUUAUGGCAACCAUUCUGUGCAUCUACAAAGUUCCACAGUUUGCAUAUGGUUCAGCUCCGGUGAUGAAUGACAAAUCCCAGGGCAGUUUCCUUCAUCAGCUAUUCCCAAAUCUUGACCAUCACUACAAGGGGAUUCUCCAGCUAUUGCUAUAUUUCCAGUGGACAUGGAUAGGUGUUAUAUAUGUAAAUGAUGACAGUGGAGAGAGCUUUGUGAAAAAUGUGCUGCCCAUUUUUGCCCAGGAAAGUAUCUGCUUUGAUUUUGUGGAAACAUUUCCACAAAUAGGUUUUUCCUCAGAAAUUAACUCAAUAGCAUUGGAAGGACUGAAGACAAUCGGCAUUGUUAUGGGAAGGAAGGCCAAUGUAGUGGUUGUGCAUGGUGAAAUUCAAAGUAUUAUGGUUUUAAGAAUUAUGCUUCAGUUCUCAGAAUUUCAUGAAAUACCAAUGAAGGCCAAAGUAUGGAUUUUCACAGCCCAAAUGGAUUUCACUUCACUUCCAUUACUACGGAGCUGGGACAUGGGCUUCAUCCACGGCGCUCUCUCUCUUGCAGUUCACACCAAAGAAGUAUUCAGCUUCCACCAAUUCCUUCGAUUCAGAAAGCUUCCAUCAGAAAAAGAAGAUGGUUUUUUCAGGGAUUUCUGGGAAGAGGCAUUUCAGUGCUCUUUCUCCAAUUCCAAUGUAGAAAUGAAGUCAGGGGAAAUCUGCACUGGAGAGGAGAAGUUAGAAACUCUUCCUGGGUCUGUGUUUGAAAUGAGCAUGACCAGCCACAGCUAUAGCCUCUAUAAUGCAGUUCAUGCAGUGGCAAAUGGCUUGCAUGCUGUGCGUUCCUUGACAGUGAACAAAAGAACAGUAGUUUUCCAGAGCCAUUUAAUUGAGCUAAUGAAAUAUAAGGUGUUAUAUGUCACCCCCCUAAAAAUCCUCCAGGCACAUGAGAACUUAAAUGGAGACAUCCAAGAAGGAACAGAGUAA